AGAGGCGAUUGAGUUGCAUGGAGCCAGCGGGCUGAGGCUGGGAUGGAGCGGCUGUUAACGCCGCCGCCGCUCUAUUGCAGCAGGUAACGAUGAGCGCUAGGACCCGGGGGAAUCCUCGCCGCCAGCAAACUGGACUACCUUAAACCCAGCCCAAUGCCUCUUCCUGCGCCACUUUCCUUGCGUGCUGGAUGGAAGAGCCACAGUCAAGAGCCGCAGCUCGGGGCUGGAGUACAACAUUGCAACGGGAGCCCUGCGGAAGCAACACCUGUCUCGAGGCGAGCCAGCGAGAAGACACCAGCAGCGCUCGGACGUUGCUGCCCUCCUUGUGGCAAGGGGUGGAUCGCCAGCCGGGCUAAAGCCAGGGGCAUCUGCGGAGCCUCCUAAGAAUUCUGGAUAAUAGAUCUGGACGUCAAAAGUUUUUUUUUUUAAACAUCCCUUUUUUUUCUUUUGGGGGGAUUUGUCUCAGCCAGCAAAUGUGAGAUUUCCCCCUUUUCUUGUGUGUAUGUGUGUGUGUCUCCCCCCCUCCCUGCCUUGCAGGAUUCAUGCUGAUGUAUGCAGUCUGUUAUAGAGUAAAAACAGCGCAUGCCUUUCUGGAGUCAGAAUCCAUAAAAACCCUGGCGUUGCCGUGCAUCUUCAAAUGUAUAUAACAAUAUAUAUAUGUACCUACCACCCUCGGUAACGGCUAGACGGUGAAGUUGCUAUGAUCAUUCUGCUCCGGAGCCCGAUGGAGAAACUACGGAUUUUUAUCCUCAUUACGGUUGGAUGGGCAGAAGAUCUUACCGCUUGCUAAGAGCUGGGGAAUUAUAGAUGAUCUCUCCCUUGGUAUACCUCUAGACCUCGCUCCCUUGUGCUGAGAAAGAUGUCAGUGUGUGAGUCCAACCUGGUGGUUUCUUAAGACUAACAGUGGUUUGACCUUGAACCUGAAGCUGUCAAAACAGAUUAUUAUUAUUAUUAUUAUUAUUAUUGAUGGAUUAAAGCGAGAACCUUCCCCCCUCCCCUCGAUGUAAGUGGAACUGGGAGGGGAGAGUGGAGUGGCAACCCAUUUUUAAAAGAAAAAAAAGGAGCCAGAGAGGGGGAGAAAAGAAAAGGAGAAAAGAAUAUUGGGCUUGAACACCAGCAUUCCAGUCUUGCAGCAAAAGAAGCCAACCUUCCCCCCUCCCUCCCUCCCCCCUCUCUCUCCUGAUGGCUCCCUUAGGUGAAGUUGGGAACUAUUUUGGUGUGCAAGAUGCGGUACCCUUUGGGAACGUGCCGGUGUUGCCAGCGGACAGCCCGGUGUUGUUAAGCGACCACCUGGGGCAGUCUGAAGCAGGUGGGCUCCCCAGGGGGCCUGCGGUGACGGACCUGGAUCAUUUAAAAGGGAUCCUCAGACGGAGGCAACUCUACUGCAGGACUGGAUUUCAUUUAGAAAUUUUCCCCAAUGGUACGAUCCAAGGGACCAGGCAAGAUCACAGCAGAUUUGGUAUCCUGGAAUUUAUCAGUAUAGCAGUUGGCCUGGUCAGCAUCCGAGGGGUAGACAGCGGACUUUAUCUGGGAAUGAAUGAGAAAGGUGAACUGUAUGGCUCGGAAAAGUUAACCCAGGAAUGUGUGUUCAGAGAACAAUUUGAAGAGAACUGGUAUAACACAUAUUCAUCGAACCUAUAUAAACACGUGGACACUGGAAGACGAUAUUAUGUUGCAUUAAAUAAAGAUGGGACUCCAAGAGAAGGGACUAGGACUAAACGGCAUCAAAAGUUCACACAUUUUUUACCUAGACCAGUGGACCCAGAGAAAGUCCCUGAACUAUAUAAGGAUAUUUUAAGCCAAAGUUGACAAAGACGUUUCCUUCACUUGAGCCCUUAAAAAAAAAAAAGUAACCACUAUAAAGGUUUCAUGCGGUGGGUUCUUAAUUGAUUAGCUGUGUCAUCACAUCAGCUCCACUGUUGCCAAACUUUGUCGCAUGCAUAAUGUAUGAUGGAGGCUUGGAUGGAAAAUGCUGAUUUUGCUCUGCACUUAAAAAGGUUUGUCUUCCUGGAGGAGAGCCUGUGCCCACUUGCUUGAUUUUAUUGUGAGAGAAGGAAGGAAGAGAGUGAGAAUGUGUGAGAGUGAACGAAAGGAUGAAAGAGAGCUGAAGCAAGAAGGAAGGGGGGGAAGGCCUGAUGCAUGCUGGGAAAUAGAGAUGCUUUUAAAUUUUUUGAUCCGUUGUACUUCAUCCUAUAUCAGCAUAGCUGCCAUACUUUGUCUCAUCAGGAAUUUUGGCUGGUGGCCUGCUCAAGUGUAUGCUGCUUUUUUUUUUAAAGAAAGAAAAAGGCACAGAGGAAGGUACAAUCUUUUACUUAUAACAAUAACAAGAAAAUGAGAGGCUUUUUUUGGUUCAGUUUGACUGCUCAAGUGGGAGUCACCCCUCGCUGAGUUUAAAGCAAGGACCUCUUAGUCAAAUAAGAAAAAGAUUUAAAAAAAUAAAAAUUAAAAAUAAAUAAAAGUUAAAUUUAUUUAUAGAAAUUCCAAAGGCAACAUUUUAUUUAUUUUAUAUAUUUAUUUAUUAUAUAGAGUUUAUUUUUAAUGAAAUAUGUGUACAGGCCAGAUAGGCAGUUUGGAAGCUUUAGGCUCUGUGAUACAUUUCAACGGCAAAGGCCGUGAUGAACCUGUGAUAAGGAGAAAAACAAAAAUCUCAUGCAAGUCAAGCAUCAAGGUGCAUGGAGACUGAGAAAAAUCUGGUGAUCCUAAUGUACUAAAGGCGACAAUCUCUUUUGUGCCCAUAUUAUUGUAAAAGUAUGCACACCAAUCACAACAAUGAGUGCUCACUCUUCUGACUGCUUGUUUCAUAGCUUAAACUUCCCCCCUCUUCCUUCCCUCCCCGAGGAUUAAAGAUAAAACUGGGUCUUCAAAACUUUAAUUCUGUGUCUGUAAUAUUUCCUCUUUGAUAAGUGACUUAUUUCCAUCAUUGUAAGCUUCACAGUUGUGGAAGAAAAAGAAAGAAGAAAACAGGGGUUGGUAUAUACUCUACUUGUUUAAAACCUACUGCAAAUUAUACCAAAGCUACAUGAUAAAUACGCUCUUUUUAUUUAAGCAGAAUGCCAGGAACAUCCUAAUAUUGACAUUUUGUACUAAUUAAGGUUCUCACAACUAGAACAAGAGGCCAGGGUUCACUCUUGUAAACUUGUUUAAUUGUGCACUUGACUAUCUACUCUGAAAUUAUACAAGUUCCAUAGGGGUUAUUAUUGUACCAUCUUUUUAUGGAAAGAAUUGCUUUCAAUGUGAACUGUCAUAAUACAUAUUAGCACCCUCCUUAAAGUAAGACUCUUGCAAAAUGAAACUAAUAAAUCUCUAUUGAGAAUUUCAAUGAG